UUGCUACAACCAAACAUCUUUUGUCCAGCUUAUAAGGAGCUAGCUAGCUUAGUAUUAUUAUCUUGCCCAUAUCAUUCACUUGAGCACUUGACCUUAAGUGAGGUAGCUCUGUACUUCUCCCCAGAGCUUCUUCUCCUUUUUCAAAACCUCUAGCCAAAUUAAACGAUCGAGUAUUAAUCUUUAAUGGCCUCGUGGACUGCAAGGCAAAACAAGAAGUUCGAAGAGGCUUUGGCUUUAUAUGACAGGGACACUCCUGAUCGCUGGCAUAACAUUGCCAGGUGUGUAGGUGGAAAAUCAGCAGAGGAAGUGAGGAGGCAAUAUGAGCUGCUUGUGAAGGACAUCAGGCAAAUUGAAAAUGGCCAAGUACCUUUACCCAAUUACACAGCCGCUGAAAGCAAUAGCAGAGGUUAUGCCAAUGAACAUAGGCGUCUGAAGAACCUGAAUCUACAGUGAGAACAGACUUGCAGCCAGGCUAAAUAACAUCACAAAGUUCUCCAUUAAAUGCGAAAGCAUAUGUUGUCAAUCAAUGUAUAAGUUUUAGGGUAGGCAUGAUUUCUGUUGAAGAUGUUGUCAAAGCGGUGAUGGAUCAACAAACUGGAGAAGUGAAGCAACUGAAUCAAUUUAUCCGCGGAGAUUACUACUGAAAGAAUAUUUAGCAAAGCUACUUAACAUCAAAACUUUGUUUGUAGAUACAUGAAUGCUAAUACUAAAACAAUACUAUCGUUUUCUCUGUGUAUUUCUUGAUAUAGCUGCUAAACAAUUUCUUCUGCCAACAAGAAAUUAAUUUGCAGAUCAUGACUUGAUGAAAUGUAUUAGGACAGCAUGGUGUCAAAUUGUUAAUAAGAUCUUGUAGACAUCGAAAAUUUUAGUUGAAUUAAUCCAUAGAAAAUUUGGAUUAAGUUCUAAGCUCAUGUUGACCAAGUUAAAUUUUGGUUAAUAAAGUCGGAUUAAUUACUUAAGUCAAAAUUACAUGACUUGAACGAAAUCCAAAUUACAUCUGGGUUAAUCCAUUAAGUUAGGCCUCUACAAGACGAGUCCAACCCACAUCUUUCUAGCCCAAGGUACGCUAGAAUUUCUUGGAGACCAAAAUACCCCCAAGCUCUAGUUUACACCUACAUAAAGGGGUCACAUAUCCCAUUUUGAAGACAUCUUAACAUCUUGAAAUUGACACACCGUCUUGACUAAAGGCAAAGGAGAGCAACGACAUCCACUGUAGUCUUCUCCAGAGGUCUUCAACAAGAAGGAGAAUUCGAGAGACUUCUUUCCUCAAGAACAAUCCAAAGUGUUGCUCAAAGUUUUUUCCAAGAUUCAACACAUAAACAAGAAGUCCAUCAUUCAUUCAAAAAAGACGCUACACUGGUCAUCCAAUGAAGGCGAACAAC